UACCAGGAUCAAAUGUGAGGCACAGUCUAGUAGCCUGCAAACAGAAGGCAAGCCCAUGAGGUGGGGUUCGAGACUCAAGCUCCAUCCUCAUGCCUGUCUCGCUGUCACUUGCAGCAUUCGUCAGCAUGUGAGGCUUGGACACCACUUUCCCACGCAGUCACAUGGCUGUCGUUGGUGUCCAUGGGUCAACCGACUGCCAGAGUAACUUACAGAGUACCCUUACAUGCAGCGCACACCUUCAAAGUAUCCAAUCAGGUAUGAGCUGGUGUUUCCACUGAACAAACAAGUUCAACAGACCUCAUUACCUCACUGUCUCAUUGUCUGAGCAGCAACAAUGAUCACACUCAUCACCGCUCUCUGCCUAUUUACUACAGAGAAAAGUGGAAUCUCUGGGCUUCAAGUUCAAACUGUGAGGAGAGGAAAUAAUGAGGUCAUAAAAUGUGAUGAAAACAUUGUUAAAGACAAGGAAACUCAUUUAUUAGCUUGGUAUAAACAGAGUUUAGGAAAUGUGCCAGAGUUCAUAUUGAGACACUUUGGACAUGGAGAGAAGCUCAGAUAUCAAUCAGGUUUUAAGGACGGCCGCUUCACUGUGGAUGAAGAAACAUUUGAUCUCAGUAUUAAAGGAAUAAAGGAAGAGGAUGCUGGAACAUAUUUCUGUGGAAAAGUAAAGGCGAAUGCUGUAGAGUUUGGAUCUGGGACUCGCUUGUUUUUUCAAGCUGAGAAGAUCCACCAUCCUCCAACUGAAAUGGUGAUCAAGACUGGAGACUCUGUUACUCUCCAGUGUUCAGUAGAGCCUCUCACUCCAGACUGUUCAGGAGAUCACAGUGUGUACUGGUUCAGACAUGGAUCAGGAGAAUCUCAUCCAGGAAUCAUUUACACUCAUGGAAACAGGAGUGAUGAGUGUAAGAAAAGCUCUGAGACUGAUUCUCCUACACAGAGCUGCGUCUACAAACUCCCCACGAGAAACCUCAGCCUCUCUGAUGCUGGAACUUACUACUGCGCUGUGGCUGCAUGUGGACAGAUACUGUUUGGAAAUCAAACUAAAGUUACUGUACAAGAAAAUAACAGUUGGAGCUUCAUCAUCUCAAUAACACUGAAUGUAAUAUUUGUCAUUGUGAUCGUGGCUCUGAUUGGAGUUCUACAUAAGAGUCGACUAAACGUGCUUCCAACAGCCGUUCAAGACUCACUGAUCAGGCUGAUCACACAGGUCUCUUCAAUGCUGUCCUGAGUUUUGCUAAGAGAGUGAAGGAAAGUCAAGACCUGUAUUCACAGGUGGAAUAUAGCUGAGGGGAAACGGUGCAGACAGCAUCACCACAAUGGAGUCAUCCUCAGAUUUAGCAGAACAUUUGUGUUCUAAUACAAUUUAGAUCAUGUUCAUCAAUCAAAGCUGAUAGUUAAAGAGAUCCACCUACAAAGAAAGAACUGCUGUGGGUCACAGCUUCUUCAGUCAGGCACGGCUACAUGUAACCAAUGUAGUGUAAUUAAGACUCAUUUAAUCUGUGUACUGGAUCAUUUGUACAUCAACUGCAAAAU